CAUUUUCAGACAGGUGUCUGAUCCUUACCGUUGACUAAGAAAGCAUCGUGUAUUUCCUAUCUUUUGCGAAGGAAGGAGGAAUUUCCUACCUGGUUUAAAAAAAAAAAAAAGGAGAGUGGGAGAGAUCAAAUAUAAUUAGGGAAUAGUUUUCUGUAAUGAAUAGCCCGGACUGUGUGCUGUACCCUUCUCUCUCUGUCUCUCUCUAUCUGCACAUAGAAAACUCAGAAUUAUUUCGCUGAUGCAAACACAAGCAGUCACUGCAGUUUUCACAAGUACUGCAGCCGUUCAAGUCUGACAUGAUGGUCCAUGUUUUUUGCCGUGUAUUCACGAAGUCAACACCUUGGGUCCCUGCGCAGGUUGUCGAGGUUCCAGCGGCCCUGCUCACUCCUUCUGUCUCUCCGUCUCGUGGGAAGGAAACAUAAUAUUUCAUCCAUGUUAACCGUGUAGGGGUGCUGGGGGAGUGUUUCAGGGAGUGAAGCGAGGCUGGUAACCUUUUCUCAGAGGAGGUGUCCUUUUUCUCCCAGUAUGAAGGAAGAGGUUUAUUAAUGCAGAAAGCAUCGCAGAAAAGGGCGGUAGCAUCGUAGUCACCAACACCAACCCUAGAGCCUACAGGGUCUAGUGCAUCAUGCCUAAGAAUGUAUAAAUAGAUGAUUGGGAGCAGUGGUUUAAGGUGGCCAAGUUGAGAGGUGCGACUUGCCUGUGGGGCGCUUAAGGCAGAGACAAUUAGCACCGGAGACUGGAGAGCUGAUAAUGAAAGUGGAUUUUCUUUCAUGUUGAGCUGUAGGGGCCUGAUCUAGCAGUGGAAACCCAAAGGGGAGAUUUAAAUUGGGAGAUAUGCAGGGGGAAAAUGUAGAGAAUGAUGUAGCAAAUACUGAAGAAAGUUCAGAUUUAAGAAGAGAUAGAUUAAAUGUAAAAAUUAAAUUUGAAAGAUCCUGUAGGUUUUAAGGAUGUGUGGAUGGCAUGGCUGCUGUUGAAGACAGAGUCGGGAAAAAGCCAGGCUGCACCUAGUGGGGUUACAGAACCGGACCCUGAAAUGAGAAAGGGCUUUCUGUGAUUUCGAGGAGAGAAUGAAGGAGGUUGCAACCUGAGGAAAGUGGUUGAAACCACAGCAGGUCAGCUCUCUGAGUGUGUGUAAAGAUUUUAUCCUGUUGAAAGAAAAUGAAAAUAUUAUUUUGAAAUAAAUAGAAGUUUGGUGCACCUAUGAAAAAAGAUCCUUUUUGAAAAUCACUCUUUGCUCAGCAGAGCUUUGUUAACUGUGUACUACAAACAGGAUGAUCACUUGAUCAGUAUCAGAACUUAACAUUCACCAGUGAUCGGUAAAUGUGAAGGAGUCCCAGGGUAAUGGAGACUUUAGAGGAGGGAUGGUGGGUUUUUAAAUUUCCAAAAUUGACUUUAUUCAAAUUGUGUUAUCCUUGCCCCUUAAUAUUGUUUAUUAUAUUAACUUAUGAAGUUAUUUACUGUAGUUUUUUUCCCUUUCCUUUUAAAAAUAAGUUGGCUCUGCACUUUCCAUCAGAAGAUAUUCUCCUGGUAACCGCUUCUCCUGUUAUUAAAGCAGUUACAAAUUUCAAGCAGGUUUCCAAAAUAUUAGAAGAAUUUGAUGUUGAAGAACAAGCAGGUACCAUGUUGGAGAGUCGCUUUCCCAACAUUAAGGUUAUAGAAUCUGGAGUAAAGCAAUUGAAGAGUAAAGAACACUGCAUUUUAACAGAAGACGGCCGGCAGCAUGUGUAUGGAAAACUCUGUCUGUGUACUGGAGCAAAGCCAAAGCUGAUCUGUGAAGGAAAUCCUUACGUUUUAGGAAUUCGCGACACAGACAGUGCUCGGGAAUUUCAGAAACAGCUUACUAAAGCAAAAAGAAUAAUGAUCAUAGGGAACGGCGGUAUUGCACUUGAGCUAGUAUAUGAAAUUGAAGGCUGUGAAGUGAUUUGGGCCAUUAAAGAUAAAGCCAUUGGGAAUACAUUCUUUGAUGCAGGAGCAGCUGAAUUCUUGACUUCUAAGCUUGUUUCUCAAACACCUGAGCCCAAAAUCGCACAUAAAAGAACCAAAUACACAACUGAAGGAAGAAAAAAGGAAGCAGGAGGCAAAGCUAAUGCUGAUAAGAUAGGCAGUGCCUUAGGACCAGACUGGCAUGAAGGCUUGACUCUUAAAGGAACAAAAGAGUUUUGUCGUAAGAUUCACAUUGAAACUGUGUGUGAAGCAAAGAAAAUCUACCUUCAGGAAGAAUUUAGGAUUCUGAAGAAAAAGUCUUUGGCUUUUCCUGGAGACCACGAUAGUAAGUCAGCUACAGUUGACAAAGAGAUGUGGCCUGUGUAUGUGGAACUGACCAAUGGCAAGAUAUAUGGCUGUGACUUCAUCGUGAGUGCUACAGGAGUGACACCAAAUGUAGAACCAUUCCUCCAUGGCAACAACUUUGCUCUAGGAGAAGACGGUGGCCUGCAGGUGGACGACCACAUGCGCACGUCCCUUCCUGACAUCUAUGCUGCAGGAGACAUCUGCACCGCAGCCUGGCAGCCCAGCCCCGUCUGGCAGCAGAUGAGGCUGUGGACCCAGGCCAGACAGAUGGGAUGGUACGCUGCCAAAUGCAUGGCUGCAGCCAGCGUUGGAGAGUCCAUUGACAUGGACUUCAGCUUUGAACUGUUUGCCCACGUAACAAAAUUUUUUAACUAUAAGGUUGUGUUGCUGGGAAAAUACAAUGCCCAGGGCUUGGGCUCAGAGCAUGAGUUAAUGCUGAGAUGUACCAAAGGGAAAGAAUACGUCAAGGUCGUCAUGCAGAAUGGACGAAUGAUGGGAGCUGUCCUAAUUGGUGAAACGGACUUAGAAGAAACAUUUGAAAACUUGAUUUUAAACCAAAUGAAUCUUUCAUCAUAUGGGGAAGAUCUGCUAGAUCCAAAUAUAGAUAUAGAAGAUUAUUUUGACUAACAUUGGAAUUUCUUCAAGAACCACAGUUUUAAAUGAAACACAGAAAUCACGAGACAAUGAAUGUACUGAUGACAUGAAGACCACACUGCAAUGAAUAAAAACAGAAAUGAUAACGGUUGUACUGGAAAAGCAUAAUAAACUACAAAAAUGA